AUGUGGCUAUUCUGGCUACUCACGGCGCUGACAUGCCGGGUACAGGCCAAGGCAGUGUUUGCCCAUUUUAUGGUCACCAACUCGGAGAACUACACGCUGGCCGACUGGGAGAGUGACAUCUCGCUGGCUGUUACCGCGCACAUCGAUGCGUUCGCGCUGAACAUCGCCGUGGGAGACACGGCCAACUCACAGCUGGCCAACGCCUUCACGGCGGCCGACUCGCUGGACUUUAAGCUGUUCAUCUCGUUCGACUACGCGGGCAACGGAGCGUGGUCGCAAGACGAGGUGUACGAUAUCCUCAGCGAAUACAUCGACCUGGACGCCUACUACAUCACCGACGACCAGCCGCUGGUGUCGACGUUUGAGGGCCCUGCCAACGCGGCCGACUGGACGUACCUCAAGGAGUACUUCAACUGCAUGUUCAUCCCGGACUGGUCGUCGCUGGGGGCCAAGGCAGCCCUGGAGCUGGGCACGGCCGACGGCCUGUUCAGCUGGGCGGCCUGGCCCUGGGGGGACACGGAGAUGAACACGUACACGGACGCCUCGUACAUCCAGUACCUCGACGACCUGCCGUACAUGAUGGCCGUGAGUCCGUGGUUCUUCACCAACCUGCCGGGAUACAACAAGAACUGGCUGUGGCGCGGCGACCACCUAUGGUACGAGCGAUGGAACCAGGUGCUGUUCCUGGACCCGCCGUUUGUAGAGAUCAUCUCGUGGAACGACUAUGGCGAGUCUCACUAUAUCGGCCCCCUGCGCGAUUAUGCGUUUGCGGCGUUUUCCAUCGGCGAGGCCCCCUACAACUACGCCGACGAGAUGCCGCACGACGGCUGGCGCGCCUUUCUACCGUACAUGAUCGAUCUGUACAAGGAGGGUACGGCCACCAUCACGCAGGAGGGGAUUGUUGCGUGGUACCGGGUGAACCCCAAGACAGCGUGCGACACGGGCGAUACCUCGGGCAACACGGCGAGCGAGCUGCAGCUCGAGUUCGAGCCGUACGACAUUGUCGACGACGAGAUCAUGUAUUCCGCGCUGUUGGGGUCCACGGCAGACGUCACCGUCACCGUCGGCGACACAGAGCUGACGGGGGCGUGGACAUCGACCCCCGACGGGGGGAUAGGCAUCUACCACGGCAGCGUCUCGUUCUCCGGGCUGACAGGCGACGUGACGGUGGUGUUGAGCCGCGAUGGGGCCUCCCUGGCGACGGUGGCGGGCAAGGCCAUCACCAGCGACUGUACAGACGACAUUGAGAACUGGAACGCCUGGGUGGGCAGCGCGCUGUCUUCGGCCACGGUCUCGGCCACACCCGCCCUGUCGGUCUCCGACCAGGUGUGUGUGAAUGGCACUGGGUGGGAGAACUUUGAGGGCAUCUGCGGCUUUGCCUGUGAAUACGGGUACUGCCCCGUCAGCGCCUGUACGUGCAACCUGAUGGGCGCCCAGAAGACCGCCCCGAACGCUACGGGGGUCGAGGGGUACCCGAUCGCAGGCGAGGACGCCAGCUACGACGGGCUCUGCAGUUAUGACUGUAACCAUGGCUACUGCCCGCCGAGCGCCUGUUCGACGGUCUCGGCGGCGCUGUCGACCCCAACCGUGUCUGACUUCACUCUGCCUAGACAUAGAUACGGCAGUAUACCAGCUCCUGCCAGCCUAGUACAUAAUUUACAAUAUCACCUGCAUACAAAACUAUGUCGUCCAAAUAGUCAUGGCCCGCCUUUCAGUCUAGCGUUUAGCGGCCGGUAUUAUGGUGGCUCCAGCCCUACGCCUGUGAAAAAGUAA